AAAUAUGUGCUCCUAUAAAGAAUAAAAUAUUAUUAAAAUCAGUCGCGUGCCAUGUUCGCUUCUAUAUAGGAGUACAAAAAUCGUGUUUACACAAGCAACUGUAUUACAAGCCAAAACCAACGUAUUCGGACAAAUUCAAAUUUGUUUUUAUUUUUUUUUGAAACAUGAGCUUCAAUAUUUAUGCUGUUUAUAUUAUGUGGUUUUAAUUUUUGUUUUUUGAAUUAUUAAUUUAAUUAAGUUCAUAUUAUUGUGAAAAACGAACUUUAAGUAUUUUAAAACAACAUCUCUUAAGAUAGCUAAAAAUAAUGCUAUGUCUGUUAUUUCUGUGGAAACUUUUUAUUAAAACCAAUGGAAAAUGACGUCUAUUGUGGGUGGUUGAGGUCAUGACGAUACAAUGCGGUCCACUGAUGGACUGCUGGUAUUGCUAUGGAUCAUCAUCAUCAUAGCUGCCACAAUAAUAACUCCAUAUGCUAAUGCGGCAACUUGUCCGCUAACAAAUGAAGCUAUCCGCCGCUGUAAAUGUUCCAAUCAGCAUAACGAGAUACAGAUAUGGUGUAGUCAUGGAGAUUCGACAACGAUUCUGGAUGAGUUGAAGCAAUUAGCCUUAUCAAUCACUGAUCCAGUCGAUGAGUUAAUUUUAGAAAAUAAUGCCAUUUCAUCAAUACCUGAGAGAGCCUUUUCAACUCUAAAAAUAAUUCGAUUAAUGUUACGAGAAAAUGGAUUGCAAAAAAUUGCUUCUAAUUGGUUGUCGGAUCAAGAAACAUCUUUGCUGGAAUUGUUUAUUGUGGAAGCUGAGUUACGAAAUUUCCCAGAAGAAAGUCUUAUGUUAUUACCUCGACUUGAGGCUUUGACUUUAAUCACUGGAUCAUUAACAAGAUUGCCACUUAUAUCGGGUUUAGCCAGGUUGAGAUACGUUCAAAUUGAAGCAUCCUCGUUGUUAAAUAUCGCCCCGGGUAAUUUCUUAGGUUUACCUUUCUUAGAACAAUUACACAUUACUGGAUCAUCAAAAAUGCAAAAAAUGGAUAUGGGUACCAUACAGGACUUACCUAGAUUAAUUUUACUUAACUUUACCGAUUGUGGUUUGACGUGGUUACAUCCAAGAGCAUUCGCUCGUUUGCCGGCUCUAAUAGAGUUAUCUCUGGUCGGUAAUAAAUUAUCAGAUACGCAAAAUAUUGGAAGUGCUAUCAGAGAUUUUCCAUCUCUUACUACUAUUCGACUUGAUCGAAACGAUAUUGAAUUCGUUAAUGAAGCUACCUUUGUAGAUAUACCAUCAUUGCGUAAUAUAUACUUGUCUAAUAACUUAAUAGGUGACAUAAGACGUGGCGCUUUUCAUAGAAUGCCCAGUCUGAGACUUAUUGAUAUAAGCAAUAAUCAGCUGCGUCAUAUUCAUCCAGAGUCGUUCAGUCCAGUUCGUGAUAAUAAUUUGGAGGAACUUUUGUUAUCCAAAAAUUCUAUAGAUAAUGCUAUGACUAUUCGACUAAUAUUAGACAUGUUCCCGAGGUUACGGUUUCUAGACGUAAGCCACAAUCAACUUCAAGACCUUGUAUAUGGAUCAAUUCAGGGACACUCGAGAUUAGAAAUGUUGUAUUUGGAACAUAAUAAACUCCAAAGAGUUGGCAGAGAAACGUUUUCGGCAAUGCCAUUGCUAAGAGAAUUGAGAUUAGCUAAUAACUCUUUAUCAAAUUACUUAGCUACUCCUCUGUGGAAUUUACCAAUGCUUAAAGGAUUAGACAUUUCAUUCAACAAGUUUGAUAAACUUGAUCGCCGAAUGUUAGCAACUUUACCUUCCUUGAGACGUUUUGAUAUCAGCCAUAAUGAGGUCAUGUCAAUGGAUCCAACUACAUUUAUUGAUACGCCUAAUUUAGAACACAUAAAUAUAUCACACAACCACAUUGAUUCUAUAAAUUCAUUAACACUAACACAUCUGUAUCAUUUAUAUGAGUUUGAUGCGAGCUAUAAUAGAAUUAAUCAAUUUGUUGGAGGGCUACCCAGAGCUAUUGAAUAUUUAUACUUAUCGCAUAACAAAAUUAUGAAUUUACCAAGUGAUAGCUCAACGGAUUUACAUUUGCCUGCGUUAAAACUUCUUGAUGUUUCCGGGAAUGGAAUCCAUAGAGUACCAACAAAUUCAUUGAUCGCUUUAAGUUUACUUCGAUGGCUUUAUUUAGGUGAAAAUUCUAUACAAAAAUUAGAAAAUGGAGCUUUUGGUGGUCUAAAUCAACUGGAAACGUUAACAUUAAACGACAAUAAGCUUUUAAGUAUACAUGCUAAUACUUUUAAAGAAUUACCUCUUUUAACUGAACUAUCAUUGAAGGGCAACAGAUUAGAACUUUUAGAACCAUCACUUUUAUCUAACAACCCUAAAUUAAAAAAACUAAAUAUAAGUCAUAAUAGGUUAACGGAGAUUUAUGAAUCGUACUUCUCUUCGAAUAAGGAGCUAGAAGAAAUAUCCAUUGCUCAUAACUCGUUGUCUGAAUUUCCUUCAUCAUUGACAGUGAACCCACUUCUAAAAACUCUCGAUUUAAGAAACAACGAAAUUAGACAUAUGAAGAGUGGAGCAGUUUCUUCCAUGCCAUUUUUAAAAGAGUUAUAUCUAUCAGAAAACAAAUUGAACUCACUAAAUGGAGGAGCAUUUAAACAACUACCAAAUUUGACUAUUUUAGAAAUGGAAGGAAACAAUUUGGAAACUUUAUCAUCGUAUGGCAUUCAAGCUAUGCCUAGUUUAAUAAUUUUAAAAAUGGCUAGAAACAAAUUAACGUCUUUACCUAGUGCCUCAAUGGUAAAUCUGCCAAUGUUACAAGUAAUAGAGUUACAAGAAAAUCAACUGAGUGAAAUUGCUAGUGAUGCUUUUGUGGGUAUGCCUAAUUUAAUAAUGCUGAACUUGAGUCACAACUCAUUGAAUGGCAUGGAAAAAUCAGGCUUGAAUACUCUAAGAAGCCUCGAAGUUCUUGAUUUAAGCCAUAAUAAAUUAAAACAAAUAGCAGCAAGAAGUAUUCAAAAUAUGCAUUCCUUAAUUAUGUUAAAGCUCGACAACAACAGACUUUGCAAUAUAAUAGGAAAUCCAUUUGAUGGAAUGAAUCGAUUAAGGGUGUUAAGUCUACGAGAUAAUAAAAUGACAUCUUUUUCAGAAACCUCUUUCAACAGUUUAAGACCUACUAUUUCUCGUUUAGAGGUUGAUGGAAAUCCAGUACAUUGUUCAUGUAACAUGAAAUGGCUACAGUCUUGGCUUAGGGCAACAACUGAAAUGUCCGGUCCAAGAUGUACAGAUGGUACCCUUCUUAGAGAAAUGACAUUCACAUCAAAACAAUGUGAUGAAAGAGAAUUAAAUAUUCCUAUGGAACAUAUUCCUGGUUGUGAAAUUGAAUCAAUUCUGGUACCAAAUACUAAUACAAGUACUUCAAAUAAUGUCCAAUCUUGGGUGGAGAAUAAUAUGGAAGUAACAGAAAAUAAACCUUUGCCAGAGGAAACCGACUAUUUCUACGAUGAGGCUGUAGAUUUGGAGGAAAAGCCGGAAGUACAGAGAGGUUUUUCAACUGAAAAAUCCGUAACGACUAUAUCUCCAGCUAUUUUAUCACACUUUGUCGCUGGCGACACACCUACUUUAUAUGCAGGUACACGGAGCAAUGAUUCGAAUUCGUAUAUAGAAGAACAACCACAAUCAAGUAACUCUGGUGGUAAUGCAUUUACAUUUUUUGGAGUGCCCAUACCACCAUUGAAUUUAAAUAACAUUUGGGGUACAAUGAACAAAGGUAAUAUCAAAAAACUUAAAGAUGGCCGACGAAACUCAUCUUCUAAAAAGCCGCUAUUUUCGAUGAUAGUUGAUGAAGGUACUAGUAGUGGUAACUUUACGCCAAUGUUGCCAGGCAUAGGAGGUUUUAGGCCCAUGACUCCAUCUACGACAGCUGAUAGUCAGGAUUCCUUUGGACAUGAUAAUUCAAAUGUUCAUAGCGUGACAGACUACACAAAUUUGACCAAAAUCGUUAAAAUCACGUCUAAGUAUUAUCACAAUAGCAGUACAACUGAAUCUCCAAUGCGUCAAGUAACAGUUUCCAAUAAUCCAUCUAACUCCAGUAUUCUAAAAAUCUACAAUGGCACUACAAGAGAUUCUUUAUUUGAAUCGGUUGCUAUUAACACAAUCUUCAGACCAACGACCAAUUCGAACUUGGUCAAUAGUCCGUUGCAAACUAGUACAACUUCAAGUGUUUCACAAAGUACAGUUUCUUCUACUUAUUCAGAGAAUGCUUUUAAACAUACCACAGUUUUGUCAACAACUUAUCAACAGCAACAAGAUCAGCAACAGAUAAAUUCUUCAACUAUAGCAGCUUAUAUUACACCGACAUCAAACAUUUUCUUUACUAGUUCUACGCCAACCUCGUUGACUGGAUUUCUAGCUCCAGGUGGUCAGCUACCAGAUAAAUUAAGUGGUAUGGUAGUUACGGGUAAACCAUCUAUUGUCAAGGUUACAUUAAGCCCAACAACUCAAAAUCAUCACCAACAACACUAUCAAACUCAACAGCAACAACAGUCUCUAAUCACAAAACAACCAGAUUUAACUUCACAAAAUCAAAACUUGCACCGAUUUCCUAAGAGCCCAAAUAAUCAAGAAGCUUAUCAAUCAUUGCCAACCAGAUCAUCGGAUGUAUUUCGAUCAACUCCAUUUCGGACAAGUUUAGCCAAUGAUUGGUAUUACGCUAACUACAACAAAUCUAAUGUAGAACCGUAUGUCAGUAGAAAUAUGGAUUCAGGUGGAAGCUAUGCCAAUGGAACAGUUGUAAUUUUAAUGACUGUUAUUGUACACCUUGUUUCUUUUAUUUUAUGAUAAAACAACUUAUAUAACUCAGAAUUUAUUGUUAUUAUAUAUUAUUUAAAAUUACUAAACAAAUAUAGUUGAUAAAUUAAUUAUAACACAAUUAAUUAAUAAAUAUAGGAUUAUUA